AUGGCUCCGAGCGCUCCGGCCGGGCAGGGCCCGGCACCGGCCCCGGCCUCAGCCCCGGCCCCGGGGCUCCGCCACGGCAUCCGCGCCGUGCUGCUGGGCCCGCCCGGCGCCGGCAAGGGCACGCAGGCUCCCAAGCUCGCCGAGACCUACUGCGUGUGCCACCUGGCUACCGGCGACAUGCUGCGGGCCAUGGUGGCCUCGGGCUCCGAGCUGGGCAAGCGGAUCAAGGAGACCAUGGAUGCUGGGAAGCUGGUGAGCGAUGAGAUGGUGGUGGAGCUGAUUGAGAACAACCUGGACUCCCCUCCCUGCAAGAACGGGUUCCUGCUGGAUGGCUUCCCCCGCACGGUGAAGCAGGCGGAGAUGCUGGAUGAGCUCCUGGAGAAGAGGAGGGAGAAGCUCGACUCGGUCAUUGAGUUCAGCGUCCCUGACUCCUUGCUGAUCCGGAGGAUCACUGGACGGCUGAUUCACCCAGCGAGUGGCCGCUCGUAUCACGAGGAGUUCAGACCCCCGAAAGAGCCCAUGAAGGACGAUGUCACUGGAGAGCCCCUGAUCCGCCGCUCCGACGAUAACGAAACCGCCCUGAAAACCCGCCUGAAGUCCUAUCACACCCAGACCUCUCCCCUGAUCUCCUACUACAGCAAGAGGGGGAUCCACACGGCCGUGGAUGCCUCCCAGUCUCCUGACGUGGUGUUUGCCAGCAUCCUGGCAGCCUUCUCGAAAGCAACAUCUGAGUGACUCCGUGAACCAGAUGAGACACCACCAAACGCUGCACACUCUGCUACAUCACCCAUUGCAGCCUUCCCUUGGGGUGCAGGGAGGGCAGCUGGGAGUAGGGAGGGGGUUAUGAUUGAUGGGAGGGAGGGGGGAAAGGAGGUGGUAAACAAGGGGUUUGGGGGGGCUGAUUUGGUAGGGUUUCGGAUGGAUUUCUUAUUCGGCAGAAUCAUUGUGAAGAAGAGGCGGCCUUCCCCUUAGAAAUCAUGUUGGGGGAGGCAAAACAAGAGAGGGAAACGCCUCUCCUGGAUCAGCUGCAGGUCCUUGACCUGUUGGAGGGUAGGGUUAGGUGCUAUUCCAGGCUUCUCCAGGACUUUCAGGGCUUGUCUCGUGGGCUCUUGGUACCCUGAGGCCGCUGAAAGGUUUGCUGUGAUUUUCCUGAAGUCGCUUCCUGUCAGUGAGGACCAAAACGAAACAAAUGAUGCAUCGUGUCUGAAAUGGAAAGGAGAAAGAGAUGCCAUGGGUUUUUUCCUGGAAGUUUUGUUUUUCUUGUUCUGCUGCAUUCCUAAACCCUGGCACAGAGACUUCUCAGGGAUUCUCUGCUGCUGAAGAGGGGCUGUGGUUUUAGUCCAAACCUGCCUUACCUGGGUACGGGGUGGCUUUUCUAUGAUCAUGACCAAGCUGGAAUUCACACAAUGCUGAAGAAAUGCAAAAGAGACCUUCCUAAUUGCCUGCAAAAAUAACGCUUAAUUGGGGGGUGAGGGGGGGGUGGUGUUUUUUGCAUUUCUUUUUAGAUCAAAUGGUGCCUUGUCUAACCUCUGAAUCAAUAAUAAAAUAACCCCUUUACAUUUGUA